UGGAAGCCGCUUCAGGAGUGCGGUACCUGUGAGAGCUCCGGUGGGUAUUGUGGGUACAACAGUACACGCGAGAACGCCAAGUUCUUGUGCUUUUGCGAGGAUGGCAGCAUCAGUGGUGAACGCUGCAAAGGAAACUCCAUGGUGCUUUCGUAGCCUCACCUCCGCCAUCGCCCGCCAGCUUGACUUCAACCAAAGUUUCUAACGUACGGAUUCAAUAGCCACGCGCGUCACGUCUUCUCUCUCUCUGAUACGACAAUUCAAACAUGCAAUCUAUUUCACAUUCCACCUCUCUCCAAUAUUCAACAAUAUGCUCCCUUCUACUUUACAAAACCCAUCUCUCACUUUAUCAUUCAUUCAUUUUUCUCUGUCAUUUUUGAAACAAUGGAUCAUGUCCAUCUCUCUCUUUCUUCCAUCAUCAUCCUCUCCUUCUUAACAAUACUACCGCCAUCUUACUGCGACGAAGAUGAACAACCUUUUGUGGUGUGCAACCUUACCUAUAACUGUGGAAGGCUCAACAAUAUUACGUACCCUUUCUGGGGAGACAACCGACCUGAAUAUUGCGGUCAGCAUGGGUACAAUCUCAGCUGCCGCAACAAUGACUACCCAGUUCUCAGAAUUGAAGAACUAGAAUUCCGCGUGCUAAACAUCAACAAAUCUACUCGAACCUUCACAAUUGCAAGGUUGGACCUCUUGGAUGGUCCUUGUCCUCCUCCUCCACAUGCACCUCCAGUGUUCCAAAGUACCACCUUGAAUCACACGUUGUUUGAUUACGCUUCAACCGUUCAAAACAUAACGUUACUCUACGGCUGCCCCCUUCAAGAGACCAUACCUCCAGCCCCAAAUAGAUUUAAUUGCGUUGGAGAUAGUGAUGGGAAAAUUAAUGCUUACGUCAUAGACGAAUUAUACCCCUUCGGCAUUCAUGAUCUUCAACAACUUGUAGAGAAAUGCAACCACAGUAUCAAGGUUCCGAUUCUCCGGACUAGUUCUACAGAUCUUCUUGAAGACCCUCAGGGUGAAGCUCCGGAGGAAGUGCUUCAACAAGCAAUGGAUCAAGGUUUUGAGGUGGAAUACAGCGAUGCAUAUUUGGCGAGUUCCUGUAAGGCGUGUGAGGCAUCUGAUGGGGUAUGCGGUUCUAACGCCACGCAGCAGUUUGUCUGCUAUUGCAGUGACCAUGUGCAAUCUUAUAAAUGUCCAAAGUCUGGUAAAGCAAACUGGAAAUUGAAGACUAUUAUAGGUGUUUGCGCUUCUAUUGGAACUGUGGCUAUAAUGCUCAUCAUCUUCUUUAUCUAUCAACGCCGCAACAAGAAAAAAUAUGCUCCCUCAUCCUAUGUCUCCCGAAGCAUCUCUUCUUAUCCUUCUUCUGUGACGGAUCCUGAAAGGGGUGUUAGUAACUACUUUGGAGUUCCUCUCUUCAGCUACACUGAACUUGAAAAAGCCACUAACAAUUUUGAUUCAGGCAAAGAACUUGGAGAGGGAGGCUUUGGCAUCGUAUACUAUGGCAAACUUCAAGAUGGGCGUCAAGUUGCAGUCAAGCGCUUGUAUGAAAACAACUGCAGGAGAGUCGAGCAAUUCAUGAAUGAAAUUGCGAUCCUUACUCGCUUACGCCACCAAAACCUCGUCUCACUUUAUGGGUGCACCUCCCGCCACAGCCGUGAACUUGUGCUGGUUUAUGAAUACGUUCCCAAUGGCACCGUUGCUGAUCAUAUUCAUGGAGAAUACGCAAAACCUGGUGCACUGCCCUGGCCAACUCGAAUGAAGAUUGCCUUAGAGACCGCAAGUGCUUUGACAUAUCUCCAUGCUUCUGAUACUAUCCACCGUGAUGUGAAAACAAACAACAUUCUUCUUGACGACAAUUUUUGUGUGAAAGUCGCAGAUUUUGGACUGUCUCGCCUUUUUCCAACAGACGUCACUCACGUUUCAACUGCUCCACAAGGGACUCCUGGUUAUGUCGAUCCAGAGUAUCACGAAUGCUACCAGCUUACUGGCAAGAGCGAUGUCUUUAGCUUUGGGGUAGUCUUGAUCGAGCUUAUAUCAUCCAUGCCUGCCGUCGACAUCACAAGGCAUCGACACGAAAUCAAUCUGUCUAACAUGGCUAUCAACAAGAUUCAAAACCACACAUUGCACGAGCUUGUAGACCAAUCUCUUGGAUUUAAAUCAGACUACACGGUACAAAGAAUGAUAACUGCAGUGGCGGAGUUGGCAUUUCAGUGUUUGCAACAUGAUAAAGACCUGAGACCAUCUAUGGCAGAAGUACUGGAAGCACUACAGGAUAUACAAAAUAAGGACUACACUAAAGACGAGGCAGAGGAGAUGGACAUAGCAGCAGAUGAUGUUGGGUUGUUGAAGAAGGAUCCGCCGCCACUUUCUCCGGAUUCUGCUCUAAAUUGGAUCAGCACAUCUACAACAUCAAUUAGCAGUACUUAAAAUUAUCCUUCUUAUUUUCAACUUUCACUGAAUUUUAUAAUCCAUCAUAUGCCAAAUAUUUGUACCAGCGCCCCCCACAUAUACUAAACAUCCAUAGUUUGAGUGAGAAUACGAGCUGUACAAAUCAUGUCAGAGCUCUCGUGGGUUCACUUGGGGUUCAUGUUUUAAGCAGUGAAUUUGUUACAUUGAUUUAUCCUAUUCAUUAAUUAAGAGUUCAAUCUGUUUUUUCGGUUGCACAUGACCGUUGGAUGUGAAAGAAUUUGAAUAACAAAAGGAACCCUGUUUGUCAAUUCAUUAAA